GCUGUAUGAUUCUUCAGUCUCACUGAUUGAUAUUUUUGAAAUACAUAAAAGGGCACAAAGCACGCCCUUCGUCUCAUCGUCGCUUCAGAUCUGAUCCGAAGGCCACACCGUUCACUGACAUAGUGCUUGGUCUAUUCAAGUUAUCUCGAGGUUUUGAUUUACACAUUUGGAUCAGAUUAUGGGCCGUGGAGUCAGCAGCGGUGGGGGUCAGAGCUCCCUUGGCUACCUUUUUGGAAGUGGAGAGGCUCCAGCUGCUGCAAAGAAUGCUGAAGCUCAAAAUUCAGGACAGGUUGCAAAUAAUGGACCUGCCCAGAAGCCUGCUGCCCAUGCACCGCCAGUAGAUGUUUCUAAGCAGAUUCCAGCUGGCAUCCAAGGAAACACAGGAAACAACUAUUUUCGAGCAGAUGGCCAGAACACUGGCAAUUUCCUCACGGAUCGGCCUUCAACUAAGGUGCAGGCAGCUCCAGGCGGUGGAUCUUCCCUUGAUUACCUCUUUGGUGGUGGCAGCAAGUAGGCACCACCAAAGUGUUGCCAGGGAAUUUCAACAAAUGCCUUGUUCUUAGGAUAAACAGAGUCUUACAGUUUAUCCAGAUUCCAACAGUGUCUCCCUAUUCCAGUUACUCUGCAGACAUCUCAGUAUCCUGUAAUAUAAUAUUUUCCUUGCUCAGAAGGUUUGAAAUGGGAUAUACUUUUAAGUGCUCAGACAUGAAAUUCCGAUGCAUCAGAAGUCUGUUGUUCUCUGAUCAUCAACUGUUAAUUGACCAAGUUUGUUUCCUAUUACUCUA